AUGCAUCCUGGAGCUCACCCUGAGAAAAACAAAAUGUCAAUGAAGGAGAAAAUGAUGGAGCUUGUAACUGUCAUGACACAAGGCUUGCAAAGAUGCAAAGCAAUCAUGGCCAUAAUAACCCUUGCGAAGGCUAUGGCCAUAGUUGGUGCUGGUCGCCCAACUCACCGCGAUCUGAUGCCGCUUAAUCCUCUGCUUCUGGUGCUUCCUUUUGAGAAGUGGGGCAUCGAUUUUGUGGGACCGAUCAAGCCGGCCAGUCAUCCUUCCUGUUGUCGCUACAUUCUCGUUUGCAUGGACUACGUCACAAAGUGGGCCGAGGCUGAAGCUCUCACGGAAGAUACAGCCAAGGUUGCGACUUUUCUUUACAAGAACAUCAUCAUGAGAUUUGGCUGCCCUUUGGAGCUGGUGAGUGACCGAGAUACUCACUUCAUCAAUCAAGUGAUCGAGACCUUGGUGGAGAAGUAUGGCAUCGCUCAUCGCUACCACCCUCGUGCUUGGUGCGCACCAACAAGAUAUGUGUGA